CGGGCUAGGCGGGCAGCGGCCUCCCGCGCUGCGCCCCGACGCCGGCGUUUGCUGCUGCUCCCGGCCAGCCCACGCGGGUCCUGCCUGGCCAUGGCCACGGCCUCCUCCGCACCCCAGGCGGAGAGGAAGCGCUGGGGUUGGGGCCGCCUGCCGGGCGCGCGGAGGGGCAGCGCGGGCCUGGCCAAGAAGUCCCCUUUCUCGCUGGAGCUGGCGGAGGACCGCCCGGUUGCCGGCGCGUUCUAUGUGCCCGCCGCGCAGCCCAACGCCGCCGACCUCGGCCCGCGGCCGCCCGUGAGCCUCGACCCGCGCGUCUCCAUCUACAGCGCGCGCCGCCCGCUGCUCGCGCGCACCCACAUCCAGGGUCGGGUCUACAACUUCCUCGAGCGCCCCACGGGCUGGAAGUGCUUCGUCUACCACUUCGCCGUCUUCCUCAUCGUCCUGGUCUGCCUCAUCUUCAGCGUGCUGUCCACCAUCGAGCAGUAUGUCGCCCUGGCCACGGGGACCCUCUUCUGGAUGGAGAUCGUCCUGGUGGUGUUCUUCGGCUCGGAGUACGUGGUCCGCCUCUGGUCUGCGGGCUGCCGGAGCAAGUACGUGGGCGUCUGGGGGCGGCUGCGCUUCGCCCGCAAGCCCAUCUCCAUCAUCGACCUCAUCGUGGUCGUGGCCUCCAUGGUCGUGCUCUGCGUGGGCUCCAAAGGGCAGGUCUUCGCCACCUCGGCCAUCAGGGGCAUCCGCUUCCUGCAGAUCCUGCGCAUGCUGCACGUGGACCGCCAGGGUGGCACCUGGAGGCUCCUGGGCUCCGUGGUCUUCAUCCACCGCCAGGAGCUGAUCACCACCCUGUACAUCGGCUUCCUGGGCCUCAUCUUCUCCUCCUACUUCGUGUACCUGGCCGAGAAGGACGCCGUGAACGAGUCAGGCCGCGUCGAGUUCGGCAGCUACGCCGACGCCCUCUGGUGGGGGGUGGUCACGGUCACCACCAUCGGCUACGGGGACAAGGUGCCCCAGACGUGGGUCGGGAAGACCAUCGCCUCCUGCUUCUCCGUCUUCGCCAUCUCCUUCUUCGCGCUGCCGGCGGGCAUCCUCGGCUCCGGCUUCGCACUCAAGGUCCAGCAGAAGCAGAGGCAGAAGCACUUCAACCGGCAGAUCCCAGCGGCAGCCUCGCUCAUCCAGACGGCCUGGCGGUGCUACGCCGCCGAGAACCCCGACUCCUCCACCUGGAAGAUCUACGUGCGAAAGGCGCCCCGGAGCCACCCCCUGGUCUCCCCCAGCCCCAAGCCCAAGAAGUCUGCCAUGGUGAAGAAGAAGAAGCUCAAGGUGGACAAGGACAACGGGCUGAGCCCGGGCGAGAAGACGCUCACGGUGCCGUACAUCACGUGCGACCCCGCGUGCGAGGAGCGGAAGCCGGACCACUUCCCCGUGGACAGCUACGACAGCGCCGUGAGGAGGAGCCCCGCCCUGCUGGACGUGAGCCCCACGCGCUUCGUGAGGACCAGCAGCUUUGCCGAGGACCUGGACCUCGAGGGGGAGACGCUGCUGGCCCCGAUCACCCACGUGUCACAGCUGCGGGAGCACCACCGGGCCACCAUCAAGGUCAUCCGGCGCAUGCAGUACUUCGUGGCCAAGAAGAAAUUCCAGCAAGCGCGGAAGCCCUACGACGUGCGGGACGUCAUCGAGCAGUACUCGCAGGGCCACCUCAACCUCAUGGUGCGCAUCAAGGAGCUGCAGCGAAGGCUGGACCAGUCCAUCGGGAAGCCCUCCCUCUUCGUCUCCGUCUCAGAGAAGAGCAAGGACCGCGGCAGCAACACCAUCGGCGCCCGCCUGAACCGCGUGGAGGACAAGGUGACGCAGCUGGACCAGCGGCUGGCGCUCAUCACGGACAUGCUCCACCAGCUUCUGUCCUUGCACCAGGGCGGCCCCCCAGGCGGCCGGCCCCCCAGCGGAGGCGGGGGGCCCGGGGUGCAGCCCUGCCGAGGCCCCGUCCACCCUGAGCUCUUCCUGCCCAGCAACGCCCUGCCCACGUACGAGCAGCUGACCGUGUCGCACAGGGACCCCGACGAGGAGCCCUGAGGACCGCACCGGCCUGCCCCACCUCCCACUCCGCAGGGGCACCCGCGGGCCCAGACGCCCUGAGGACCGCGCUGGGCUGGGGUGUGCUGAGCCUGCCUCUUCCCGGCCGGGGGCACGGGCACCUGGCUGGGCAGGGAGCCCCUCUCAGUUUGCGUGGCGUCGGGGCCCUGUGGCAGGGGGCAGGCUGGCCCUCGGUCCGUCCCCCGCGUGGCAGGAAGCGGGCCCGGCGUGUCCCGAGCGGACGGCGAGGAACAACGCAGACGGGCCCGUGGGCCUGGAGGCCGGGACCCAGGGGCACCCGGAGCGGACCGGCAGGGCAGGGCAGGCCCAGCCCCUGCCAGACUAAGGGUGCCCACACGUCCGGCCCGGAGGGCCACGGGCCCACGCCCUGACCCCCUGUCUCCAGAGAUGCUGGCGCGGUGGCCGGGGCCACGAGGGGGCGGCCCUGAGGCCACGGCUUCGAGCGGGAGGGACCUGCCGCCGCUGCCCCUGGGGAGCUUCCCUGGGGCAGCGUGUCCCCCGGUGGACCGGGGGUGGACGGGCCCCCGACUCGGGGCUGGACACACGCACUCGGGGAGACGGCGGCUCCCCCGCCCCGGGCGCCGCUUCUCACGGAAAUCGGAGCAAUCGCGGUGAUUUGGAAUCUGCGUCUCAAUGAGUUGCACGGUGUGAUCGUGGUUCUUUCCUGUGCCGGCUUUUCCCAAUAAACCUGGAGUCACGGGCUGGUC